UUUUUUUUUUUUGAACAUUAUUAUGAUGGCGGAGGACAGUGAAUCCGCGGCCAGUCAGCAGAGCCUGGAGCUGGACGACCAGGACACCUGCGGGAUAGACGGAGACAACGAAGAGGAGAAUGAGCAUAUGCAGGGGAGUCCAGGGGGAGAUUUGGGGGCCAAGAGGAAGAAGAAGAAGCAGAAGAGGAAGAAAGAGAAGCCAAGCUCGGGGGGAGCCAAGUCUGACUCUGCCUCCGACUCUCAGGAGAUCAAGAACCCAGGCUUGCCCAUUCAGAAGCUGCAGGACAUCCAAAGAGCCAUGGAGCUGCUGUCCUGCCAGGGUCCUGCAAAGAGCAUCGAUGAGGCGGCCAAGCACAAGUACCAGUUUUGGGACACUCAGCCUGUGCCAAAGCUAAAUGAAGUUGUGACGAGUCAUGGGCCGAUUGAAGCUGAUAAAGAAAACAUCAGACAGGAGCCAUAUUCUUUACCUCAAGGCUUUAUGUGGGACACUCUGGACCUCAGCAAUGCAGAUGUACUGAAGGAGCUAUACACACUGCUAAAUGAAAACUACGUGGAGGACGAUGAUAACAUGUUCAGGUUUGAUUAUUCACCAAGCUUUCUCAAAUGGGCUCUACGUCCACCGGGCUGGUUACCACAGUGGCAUUGUGGAGUGAGAGUGUCCUCAAAUAAGAAGCUUGUUGGCUUCAUCAGUGCCAUCCCUGCAGACAUACGCAUCUAUGACACGCUGAAGAGGAUGGUGGAAAUCAACUUCCUGUGUGUCCAUAAGAAGCUCCGUUCAAAGCGUGUUGCUCCUGUGCUAAUCAGAGAGAUCACACGGAGGGUGAACUUAGAAGGAAUAUUUCAGGCAGUAUACACAGCAGGAGUGGUACUGCCUAAACCUGUGUCCACGUGCAGGUAUUGGCAUCGUUCUUUGAACCCCAGAAAGCUUGUGGAAGUUAAAUUCUCCCACCUGAGCAGAAACAUGACCCUGCAGAGAACCAUGAAACUCUACAGACUACCAGAUAGCACCAAGACUCCAGGUCUGCGGCUGAUGGAGAGGCGUGAUGUCCGCCAGGUCACCGAGCUGCUACAGAAAUACCUGAAACGUUUCCAACUUGCACCUUCUAUGGGGGAAGAGGAGGUGGCUCACUGGUUUUUGCCACAGGACAACAUAAUUGACACAUAUGUAGUAGAGGGUGCUGGUGGUGUACUGACAGAUUUGACUAGUUUCUACACUCUGCCCUCAACUGUGAUGCAUCACCCUCUCCAUAGGAGCCUGAAGGCUGCUUACUCUUUUUACAACGUUCAUACACAAACCCCGCUACUGGACUUAAUGAAUGAUGCACUGAUUCUGGCUAAAAUGAAAGGUUUUGAUGUGUUCAAUGCCUUGGAUCUAAUGGAGAAUAAGGUGUUCCUGGAGAAGCUCAAGUUUGGCAUAGGAGAUGGAAAUCUGCAGUAUUACCUCUACAACUGGAAGUGUCCCCCUAUGGACCCUGAUAAGGUUGGCCUCGUCCUUCAGUAGCAGGUCUCUUCGUGGCUGCUACACAAAUACUGAUUGAGAGGUUUUCAGCGACCUCUGGCUAUUCUUUACCUGGACAUACAGGUAGCCCAAGCUAGACAAUGAGAACUACAGUAAAACCAACCUGGUGACCGGGAGGCGGUUCACCCGGCACUUGUGUCAUCAAGAACAUUCUCAGUUCACCUGGAGGUGAAAACUCUUAAAUCAUCAACAUCCUGAAUGUGAAGUCAUGCUAUGCCUGAGAAACUCAUACAGUACAAUGCUCCUGACACGAACACUCACAUUUAAAACACACCAGUUUGACAUUCAAGAGGUUGCCUUGACAUUUGUGAAUUUUGUUUAGCUCUUCCUCAGCAGACCCUUUUGUUACAAGGGAAGGACGUAUCAUUUAAUUUCACUCACAUGGAAAUUUGUAAAUUAUAAUCAGCAAGUGAACAUGGCCAGAUAUGAUUAGCAACUUUUCUAAUUUUGUUCAUUCUGUCCAAACGAUUAGUUAUUGUAUCCCCCACUGCAACUGAACAAUUAUUAUUCCCAUCUGUUCUCAUAUCAUUCUGGUCCGAAGUGUCUCUGCUGGAUGAAUUAGAAUUAGAAGUACUGAGAAGGUGUUUCUUUGAUAGCUGACACAUACAGGAAAAUUUUUUUUUGUUUUUUAAUUAAAAAAAAUUUUUUUUGUUUUGUUUUUGUACUUGUUUGUUUUCCCCUCAAGCAUUCUGGGAGACAAAUAUCCUAACUUUUAAAUCACAAACAAACAUUUUCACACAACGUAGAAACACAAACACUGUCAAAUAACACACACACACAACAAGGAAGGACUCAUCCAACUGGUGCAUAGAUAUACAUGUUUUUGUGAAAAACAUAUAGUUACCUGUACAUUUAAAGCCAGAUCAUAUUUAUUCCUAUAGUGUGAGUUUGGGGUUUUGGAGGGCUGAUCCAAAGCAUUUUCCUCAUAAGUAGUGUAGAUGUCACUGAGUUUGUUCAGACAGUGUGGGUUUAACUGGUUUUUGAUGGAGAAUGUAUUGCAUCAAUGAAGCACAAUUUUUGAGUUCCUAAACAAGCAAAAGGGUCCUUAAAGAGUCAGUUAGCCCAGAUUUCAAAACAGAUGGGUUGUGUUAAAUAGUGUACAACCUUGUGCCACCAUACAAUGCCACUUUUUUGUUUUUGUUUUUUUAAAUCAAAGGAUGUGAGCUGUUUUCACGUCAUAAACCUGUUUCCAUAGAUGGCAUUUUUAAUAUAAUGUGAUUUGGUUAUAUUCACCUAAAAUCUUGAAAAAAAUCUUUGUAAGGCAUUUAUUUAUUAAGGCAUUUAUUUGGUACCUCAUAAGCUCUUCAUGGUUCAAUGAUCGUUAAUCAUUAGAUUGGCCAAUGGGUGAUUUUUGGAAAUGGCAAAACUUUGUUAUUGCAGAUAUCUGAAAAACAAACGUAAGUUAAUUGCAUGUCAGUGGUCCGCUGUCCACUGGUUGAAAAGCAGAAAAAAAGAUGUCCCUUUAAAACUGCAGGAGUACAACACUGUGGUUGUCAGCAUUUCUGAACAUAUAUGUAGGUCACCAUCCAUCCACUCACCUGCAGUAGGAUGUUAAAUGUGUUCUUGAUCAAACUCUCUGUUAAAUAAAACAAAGAGAAUUGAGCACAACACUCAAAGGGUCUGAUGGAGUAAUUUACAACAGCAUGCAGCCGUAUUACAGUGACUGAAUCAACAAAAGCCUGUAUCAGUAACCGCAUCAAUUUGAAAUGUUAGCUUUUCCUGUUUUUCCAGGUACAUUUUUAUUGACUUUUCUCGAUUGGUUUUUGAAUGGUACUGUACUUUGUUUGUCUGAAAAAUAUACUGUAGGUUAUUUUUUUAGUGUUGUGCAGCUAAAUGCGUGAAACAGUUCUGAUAUUUAUAACUGUACUUUGCAAAAUGUCUUAAGACAUAAUUCUUAUCCUUUUUCUUUCCAGCAUUUCCGUACAAAUUUCCAUUUAAAUACUGUAGGUGACUUCAAAACAGAUUUUUGAGGAUUUGGAGUAUUUGACAGUUCCCUGUGCUCGACUGAGCAGGUUGACAGUCUUUGAUGAGAAACUGUUGUCUGACCACUAGUUCUGUAGUGGUUUACUCAAAGGGUAAAAAUGCUUUUAAAUGGUCUUUUUGCUCUGAGUUUGUUACUUUAUUUUUGAUGUUCCUGUUCACGUGGCUCUGCAUAAAUUAAGAGGUAAAGGCUGCUGUCAUUCUUGUCGUUGAUUUUUCUAUAUGUGCUGUAAUUUUCUUCUCAUCCCUUUAUAGAUAAGAAAAAAAAAAACAAUCAAUGGACAGUCAAUGCUUCAGGGUUCAAAGUUUUUUUGUUUUUUUUUAACCAUUGAACGAUUGAAUGAGUUACAUUCAAAGACAGAAGUUACUGGGAUUACUUUAACACUGACAAUGGGUUACUGAGUCAGCGGCGUGCCUCAUGGAUGUUGGUUGUCACAGAUGUGUUGCCUGCAGCUGUUUGAAUGAACUUUGAGCAUGUCAUUUUUGUUGCUGUCUUGAUUUUAGCUUUGAUGUUACGAGCCCCACACCCUGUAGUGAGAACUCAACCUGAAGUACUUGCCUUAUUUAAAAGAUUUUUUUUUUUUUUUUGUAAGAUUUUGGGAUGGGCUGAGGGGGGUGUACUUUUGAAAUCACAUACAGCUCUAACUGAAGAACAAUAUUUUUAUUCAGAUUCGUUGUAAGCUGUGAAAAAGCUGAAGAACUUGUACCAGCAUCAUUUAGACAUGACCCCAUGCAAAUAAGAAUCUGUUUAAACACACGUCAGCUAUACCAGCAUGGAUGUUUGAUUUGAAUAAACUCACUUUA